AUUUCAUCUUAACAAUAGAAUGAAGAAAUUUUUCAUCAAGAUGAAAUCGUGUCAACCCCUGGAUUUUUAUGACAUGGCUUCAGGAGACAAAAAUCUUUGCUUUGCAUCUGGUUCAAUAUGUUGAAACUUAACAGUAACAAUGGUUAGUCAUAACUUAGAUUCUAAAGACAAAAUGUAAAAUUGAGUUGAUUCAGAAUCUGCUGAUGGCUAGUCUCUACGCUUUUGACGAGGAAUGAAUUAACCAGAUAAAUUAAAAUAAAAGGGUUUUUAAAACUGCUGACUAUUGCAAUUGUUUGCCUUAAAACUAUGUAAAAUUAAAAAAGAUUUCAUUUGUAUUUUUCCAAUGGGUGCCUACAACAAUGUAGACCGUUAUUUUUUCUAAAAUUCAAACCUGUUUCGAAAAAAUUCGAAAAAUAAUUUUUUAUAAAAAAUUUUGAAAUUUUAAAGACCGUUAAAUUUAUUUAUGAACAAAAAUCAAUUCCUCGACGCAAAUUUGUUUUUUGAAUGUAACAAUCGACAAUGAAGUUCAAGUUUUGAUCGAAAAGUUACAAAAAAUAAUAUUAAAUUUUCAAUAGUCUUUGAACAAUGCUCAAAUGGAAUUUCAACCUGACUAAGAACAAUAUCUGAAAAUUUUGUCUUGAAUGUGUUACAAUCACUUACAGCAGAAAUCUCACUUCCGUCGACACUUAUGUUGUUUGAUUUUAAAAAUAACAACCAUUUAUCUUUGUUUAAUGAGUGCUUAGGUACUUUAAAAAGAUUUGUAAUUGUUUUAUUUUUGUUGCAGCUUGCAAUUUUGCAGGUUUUACCCAUAAUUAAUGAAAAUUAAUCAAAAUUUUACUGAUGUAAACAAAUAUAAUUUUUUGAUGAAAUAUUUUUAACGGAUUUUCAUUUUUUGAAAAAAAUUCAAAUUCGAAUUUUCGAUUUCGAAGAAUAAGGACCAUUUUCGAAGAAUAAGAACCAUCGGCACCCAUUGGGUAUUUUUCAGUCAAUUUCCAAAGUUUUCCUUCAACUGCAGAAUUUUUUUCAUUUACGUGCCUGUUUCAUUAAGUCUGAAUCACAUGCCCUGCUUUCCAUGAAAAAUUUCAAUCAACAAAAAUAACACAAGCACUUUUUAAAAUUAUAAACACGCAAAUUUCAAGCAUAUGGAAUUUUUGAAAAUAUUUUUUGGCAACAUCCAACAUGAAUACACAUUCUAUUUAUUCUUAAUCUUCAUCUUUUAACUCGUGGCUGUUUACAAAUUUCGUGUACAAUCUAUAAAGUACGAUAAUGCGUUGAAAAUAUGAACAGCAUCUAAGUGUACGUACGGUACAUACACAAAAUCAAAUUGAAUCACCAUUUCCAGCUAGUAAAUCUAUCGUGCAAAUCUCAACGUACAUUUGUAUAAUCUACUUUCAUUUCUCUUAAGUGAAAGAGCGAUUAAACUAAAAUUAUCCAUCGUUCUCUUGAUAGUCGUUAAAAAUAUAAAUAAAGAAACAUAUUUUUUGAGUUUAAAUUAAGAAGUUAAGGAAUCGGCAUACAGCGACUAUUUAAAAUUGCUUGUUAAUUUUUUAGAAUUAAAUUUUUUGGAAAUUAUGAGUUUAUCUAGAAAUGCCACAAAGUCUCUCCUAGCAACCCCAUUGACAAUGAUGCUUUUUGAGAAAUUUUAGGACAUUAAAAUCUUAAUUUAGAUAUGAAUCAGAAUUAAACGAUUCUAUUGGGGCUUCACAAUACUUUUUGGCAAAUAGAGGUUUAAACUAAAGGUACGGAAUAACCAACAAUUAUCUAGUCAGUUGAGCAGUUCAGUACCUUUAGAUCAAAUGGAUCAUACAGACACGUAGUGCUGCUCAUUUCCUUAAUUAUCUCAUUCACAUAGCUAGCAUUAAAUCAAAACAUGUCGAUUCCGUUCAGAUUAAGCUCAAAAAGGUCAUACUUGAGAACUUGUUGCACAACUUCUUUCCUAUAUGAUAUCGUUGUUUAAUAUGCACUAGGUUCAUUUACACUAGCCACACUGCAUUAUUAAAUUUCAAACAUAUAUGUUUCAGUCAAUUUAGUUUAAAAAGAGUAAGCUAGUCAAUUAACAUCAUUUUUAAAUAACCCCCAAUAAAAUUUAUUUUAUAAUUUUCAGUUUAUCGCCAACAAAAAGUAAGAGUGUCAAACUUCCUACUAAUAAAAAUAGAAAUUAAUUCUAUUUAAGGCAGAAGGUCAUUUACAUCACUUAACACACCAAGAAUGACUAAUGAUAGACACGAGUCUACACGCCCAAAAUGUCAACAUUAUUAAUCUUUAUGAUCCAAAGAAUCUUGUCAAAAAAAAUUUUCUUUUCUUUUGUUGAUCUUAAGCUAAUUUUCAUCUUGACGCAGUUCCCUUUUCGACAAACAACAAGCAAAAGAAUAUAAAAACAAAAAUAAAGGAAGAGAGUCUCGGCUGUAUAUUCGUUUUGUCUGGACGUCAGUGGUCUGUUAUAUUGAGAGACAUUCUAUCGAUGAGCAUCAGUUUGAUCGGAAAAGUCGUUCGUGAAAUAUCGAAAAGCUGAAAGAAAAACAUUUCGUACAAAUAAUAUUUUUUCGCAUUUUUCGUGAAGUGAAGUGAAAGUCGAAUACCAAGGAAGCAGGAAAAGUUGCAAUUUUAUUGUUCGUAUAAGCGGUGACAUAACUGCACUUACAGAGAGUGAAAUUUAAAAUAAAAAAUAUAUUUUUCUAAAUAAAAAAGAAUAUUAAAAGAGGAAAUAUGGGUAUGGAUGAUACAAAUUUACUUGUACAGUGUGAUUUUGAAGUUUAUGGUCAUGUUCAAGGAGUCGGUUUCACAAAACAUUGUCGUGACAAUUGCUUAAAUGCAGGAAUUCACGGAUGGGUCAAGAACAGUAAAAAAGGAACAAUUGUAGGAAAAAUGCAAGGUCUUAAGCCGGAAGUUGACAAAAUGGUCGAGUGGCUCAGACACAUCGGAUGUCCUGGAUCAAAAAUUGAGAAAUGUGAAUUUGAGAAUUGGAAUACAAUCAAUAGAGUUGAUUAUAAAGAUUUUGAAAUCAGAUUUUAAGAGAAAUUUUAUAUUUUGAUAAGUCAUUUAUUAUAUUGUACUAAUAUUAGGCAUUAUUUUCAAAUUAUAUGUAUUAAUUAUCAAUAUUUUUAUAAGUGUAAGAAUUUAAUUUUCUUUCUGUCGGCUUU